CCAACUCGGAGAAGCCCAACAGCUGGACUACCACUGUCGAAACCCCGGCAACCUUGUUUCCGUCGUGCAGUAAUGACGUUGCGCGAGCGCUGCGUGAGGGGCGGGCCAGGCGCAGAAACAGCCGUCUUGAUUGGUUUCCGGUUUGGAGCGGGCGCGGGGCCUUCUGGGACCCGGAAGAGGUCGCCUUUCGGUGCGGAAGUCGGCUCGCCGGAGUCAGCGCGGUGAGCCACCCCGCGGCUGUGGGAGUAAGAUGGCGGGGAAGAAGAGCGUCCUGUCUUCCCUGGCCGUUUACGCGGAAGAUUCCGAGCCCGAGUCGGACGGCGAGGCUGGAGUGGAGACGGCGGGCAGCGCGGCUGAGGAGAAAGGCGGAUUGGUAUCUGACGCGUAUGGAGAGGACGAUUUUUCUCGCCUCGGGGGUGAUGAAGAUGGCUAUGAGGAAGAGGAGGAGGAGAACAGCAAACAAUCGGAAGAUGACGAUUCAGAGACUGAAAAACCUGAGGCUGAUGACCCAAAGGAUAACCCAGAAGUAGAAAAGCGGGAUCCGCAGGAAUUAGUUGCCUCCUUUUCUGAAAGAGUCCGGAAUAUGUCACCUGAUGAAAUCAAGAUCCCGCCAGAGCCCCCGGGCAGAUGUUCAAAUCACCUGCAGGACAAGAUCCAGAAGCUGUAUGAGCGGAAGAUGAAGGAGGGGAUGGAUAUGAACUACAUGAUCCAGAGGAAGAAAGAGUUUCGGAACCCCAGCAUCUACGAGAAGCUGAUCCAGUUCUGUGCAAUUGAUGAGCUCGGCACCAACUACCCGAAGGAUAUGUUUGACCCCCAUGGCUGGUCUGAGGACUCCUAUUAUGAGGCAUUAGCCAAAGCCCAGAAGGUUGAAAUGGACAAAUUGGAAAAAGCCAAAAAGGAGCGAACCAAAAUUGAGUUUGUGACCGGCACCAAGAAAGGCACCACGACCAACGCCACAGCCACCACCACCACCACGGCCAGCACAGCUGUUGCAGAUGCUCAAAAGAGAAAGAGCAAGUGGGACUCAGCCAUCCCAGUGACAACCAUAGCCCAGCCCACCAUCCUCACCACCACGGCCACCCUGCCAGCUGUCGUCACCGUGACCACCAGUGCCAGUGGCUCCAAGACCACCGUGAUCUCUGCCGUGGGCACCAUCGUGAAGAAGGCCAAGCAGUGACCCAGGCACCAGCUUGGAGCGGCUCGGACAUUCCUUCCCUUCAAGGGAGGAGCCGCUCCAGGGCUUGAUAAGAGAUGAGACUGCCGCCCAGUGACGAUGCCCACGGGAGCUUCCACGUUGUAUAUUUCAGGACUGGGACCUGCUCCCCAGAGGCCGCCCCGCGAGGAUUCUCUGUGUGGCCUUCCAGCCAAAAGGAUGUUGCUGCAGAGGCGUGGACUGUGGACAGGGUCCUUGCGCCACCCGGGUCCAUUGCCCUAUUAAAAGUGCUGUGUUCUUGCAUCUUG